GACGGAGCUGGGAAGGCCAAAAAAAGCCUGGGGUGCAAGCCAACGGUGGAAGCUCAGGGAAGAGAGGGGAGCAAGCAACACCACCGCCGCCGAAAUGGCCUCCAAACUCAUGGAUCUGGUGUAUUGGAGGAACAUGCGGUGGACCGGUGUGGUAUUUACGGGGCUGGUGAUGUGCCUCGCCAGCCUCUUCCAGCUGAGCGCCAUCACUGUGCUCUCUCACGUGUGCCUGGCCAUCAUGUGCCUCACCGCCACGCUCCGUCUUUACUACAAACUACUGGAAGUGCUGCGCUGGAACCCUGGUGUUCACCCCUUUCAGUCGUAUCUGGAUUAUGACGGCUCUCUGACCGAUGAGGAGACGGUGAUGCUGGUGGAAGAGGUGGUGCUGCUGAUCGCCUUUGCCGUCACAGAGAUUAAACGCCUUCUCUUCAUCGAGAACGUAAUAGACUCGAUUAAGUUUGUGUUGCUCCUCUAUCUGCUGAUGUACGUGGGCAUCGCCACCAACGGGCUGACUCUGAUCAUAGCUGCUGUGAUUGCGGUUUUCUCCCUUCCUCUGUUAUACAAAAAACAACAGGUCCGGAUAAGGAAGGUUGUCAGAGCGUUCAGAGCGUUUGUGAAGAAAAUCAGAAAUCUGUUUGAUAGUUUGUAUGAGAUGGUGAGACCCUCUUCUGCCCCUGCCUCCAAGCCUGCACCCCCAGCUGCUCCCGCCAUCAAACAGAAACCCAAAUCCAAGUAACUUUUUGGUUGCACACUGAAGGAAUUUGGGAUUUAGAAAGCGCUCGUCCUCUGUGGGGCCGCCGGUGGGGUUGCUCAUUUCCAUCUCUCCACUGUGAUUGUUUAUGGGAGCAAGAUUUAAUUGAUGCCGACAGAGGAAACAAAGCUGCCAUUCACACACAGAGAGGGACGGGCAGAGGAUGAAGAGGGAAAUGUUAUUUACUGAGAUGCUCUCUGUCACCAGUUUGCACGGUCAUUUUCUACAAAUGGUGGCAACAUAUACCUUCAUAUACAUAUAUACAGGUUGCUUAUUAUCAAGCUCUAAACUUAAGUUUAAACAACUUUGGAAACACUUAAAAAGCUAAUCACAYUUUGCUUAGUUUCUUUUUUUUCUUGGUUUCAUAAUCGUUUAUCUUACGAGUUAAUGUCAAACAAUGAUUUUUCAGUUAGAGCACUAAAUCCGAGGGAUUAUCUUAAAUUAUUUUGUUUAGAAAAGUGAACUUUAUCGCUUCUGCUGUAACUUGCAGUUCACUGUUUGAACACCAGGAGGCAGUGCUGAAAACAAUGCUGACCGUCAGGUCGACUAGCUCUGAUUUACAGAAUCAUUUCGUGAGCAAAAACAACAACAACAAACAAAACUUCCUGUCGAGAACAUCUCAGUAAACAAACAAAUACACUUACACAAGCCUUUACAUUUUAUAUAAUUCUAAUUCCUGGUGCAAGAUCACUUCAUGCGGUCGUUUUAUUUCAUGUGAAUAUAUUUAUACUUCCAAUGCGGUCGUUUCCAUGAAUAACCCACAGAAACCUUCCAGAAGRAGGACUAAAAUUGUUUAUGUUUUUUUUUUUUAAUUAUUAUUAUUGUUCAUACAGAACCAACAAUACUGCUUCAGUUAGCUGCACUCAUACUUUCUGAUCUCGACCAUCUGGAUUUGUGGCGCUUCUCCGGAACCCCACAGAACCAGCGGGAUACCAGCUUGGGUCUCAAAACGCUAAAGUCUUGAACUGGUUCACAUUUUGUCACGUUGCAACCUGAGAUUUCUGCUUGUUUUAUUAGGAUUUUGUGAGACAGACCAACACCAAUUAGUGCAUAAUUGUGAAGUUGUAGGAAAACCAUACAAGGUCUCACAUGAGACCAGCAUUGAAUGGAAAAUGUGAACUCCAUCUCAAGGGUUACGCAUGUUGGUGGCAGCAUAAUGAUGUGGGAGUCGAAAUGUGGGGUGAAAUCUAAAAUGAAUGUUAAAAUCAAAGUAUAUUCAUGAGUUAGAAUGAGAAUCUGUGUUAACAUGGUUUUCUUUGUCCAAUCUGGCUGAGCAAAAAAAAAAAAAAAAAAA